UGCCAACAGUCCGUCAGUGCAGUUUUGACUGAGAGAGUGUUUGUGUGUGUUCUAGUGGCUCCAGCAUGUUUGACGUGUUCGGCUCCCUCAAGGGGCUUCUCCGGAUAGACACAGUAUGCAUCGACAACAACGUGUUCAGGCUACACUACAAAGCCACCGUCAUCAUCCUGGUGGCCUUCUCCCUGUUGGUCACCUCCAGGCAAUACAUCGGAGACCCAAUCGACUGCAUCGUAGAUGACAUUCCUCUCAGCGUAAUGGACACCUACUGCUGGAUCUACUCGACUUUUACGAUUCCGAACCGACUCACAGGAACUGUGGGAAAAGAUGUCGUCCAACCGGGAGUAGCAGGUCAUGUCGAAGGUGAGGAUGAAGUUAAAUACCAUAAAUAUUACCAGUGGGUGUGCUUCGUAUUGUUUUUCCAAGCGAUACUGUUUUAUGUGCCUCGUUACCUAUGGAAAACCUGGGAAGGAGGAAGGAUCAAGAUGUUGGUACUCGACCUCAACUGCCCCGUCAUUAACGAAGAAUGUAAAGCCGACAGAAAGAAGCUACUAGUCGAUUAUUUUACCUCCAAUCUUCAUACUCAAAAUUUCUACGCAAUUAGAUUCUUUAUUUGCGAAGCACUGAAUUUCAUCAAUGUCUUGGUACAGAUUUAUUUCAUGGACUUCUUCCUGGAUGGAGAAUUCACCACGUAUGGAUCGGACGUCGUGAGGUUCACCGAAAUGGAACCGGAAGAAAGAGAAGAUCCCAUGUCGAGGGUUUUUCCUAAAGUUACCAAAUGUACCUUCCAUAAAUAUGGUCCUUCAGGAUCCGUGCAAAAGUUCGAUGGCUUGUGCGUCCUCCCGUUGAACAUUGUCAACGAAAAAAUCUAUGUCUUCCUUUGGUUCUGGUUUAUCAUCCUCACCAUCUUGUCUGCAUUAGCCAUCGUCUACCGCGUGGCAGUGGUUUGCGGACCCCAGCUUCGCCUCUACCUCCUCCGCGCCAGGUCCAGGUUGUCGCCCCAGAACCAGAUAGAGGCAAUCGCCAAGCACUGCUACCUUGGCGACUGGUUCGUUCUUUACCAGUUGGGUAAGAAUAUUGACCCUCUCGUAUUUAAAGAACUGAUAGCAGAUCUGGCGAAAAAGUUUGAAGGGUACCCGCGACGUGCCGGUGCCCGAAGAAGAGCCUGCAGGAAGUGGAGCUGCCGGAGGAGAUGAUCCCGGACCCCGAGGCCUGGCUGAAGGGGCACUCCUGGCCGACGGCAAUCGCCAGGAACUUCCCGGCCAUCUCGAUAGCCCUCGUCGGAGAGCACUCCUUCUGCAGGGGGCUCGGUCCGUCUCUUGGAAACUAUCUAGUUCUAAAGUAUAGCGAGGGGUCCACCCAUCCUCUCUUCUCGCCACACUUGUAGAGUAACUUAUCUUAUAGCUGUCAUUUAAGUUUUUUGUAUAGUAAUCCCUCUACACAUACCUUUGUCUCUUAUAGUUAUUAAGAAUUGUUUACAUAUGCAUAAUUGUUAAUUAAAAAAAAAGAAAACAUUCCAUGAAACCUUUGUAUGUAAAUGAAAGGUUUGUACGAAACCUUGACGAAUGAUGUACUUUCUUGGCUAAUGAUUGUAUAAUGUUCAAAUUUGAUGAUGUCUUACAUCUAAUUAUACAUUUCUGUUGAAGAAUAGAAUCAUUUCAUUUCAUUUCAAAUUCAUCGACUGAGGUAUUGUCCCAAUUAACCCUAUUUUUAUUGCAAAAUUGACAAAGUAAGUAAAACAUACAAAAUAAUAAUAAUAGAAAUUUUUUACUCAAGAGACCUUUUAGGCAAAAGAAACACAAUAACAUACGUAACUGAAAUGUUUAAGAACAAUUUCGAUGACGAUAUGUUACGCGUGGAUCUUGCUAGGUGUCUGGAUCUUUGCGGACAAACAAUUGUGGCUCUCCACAAUGUCCAAAUAAAAGUUUUUUGAACGACAAGAGUUCAAAUCACCUCAUCACUUCUUUUUUCUUUAAUACAUCGUUUAUUAAAAUUACAUGUAAGCUUGUUACGGAUGUGGUUUCUCCUCCAUGACUUUGCCC